AUGCCAAUAAAUGCAUUUCAACGUAUAUUUGAUUUUGGUUCAAAAAAAGAUGAUACAAAAAAUGUAUCAUCAUCAGAUGCAAUUAAACGUUUAUCUGAUGUUGAAGAAAUGCUCAAUAAAAAACAACAACAUUUAGAAUCACAAAUUGAAGGAGAAAAAGCAACAGCAAUACGUUAUUCAAAACAAGGAAAUAAACGUGGAGCUUUAAUGGCAUUAAAACGAAAGAAAAAAUGUGAAAAAACUUUACUUCAAUUAGAUGGAACAUUAACAACAUUAGAAACACAACGAGAAUAUUUACAAAAUGCAUCAACAAAUAUGGAUGUUUUACGUGUUAUGAGACAAGCAGCAAGUGCUUUAAAAAAAACAAAUCAAAAUUUAGAUGUUGAUCAAGUACAUGAUUUAAUGGAUGAUUUAUCUGAACAACAUACUGUUGCGGAAGAAAUUGCAAAUGCAAUUUCAUCACCAGUUGGUUCAUCAGAUUUGUAUAAUGAUGCUGAUUUAGAACGAGAAUUAGAAUUAUUAGCUCAAGAAGAAAUCAAAGAGGAUAUGAUGAAUAUUGGACCAUUGCCUGAUGUACCACCAGUUCAAACAACAACAACGACGACAAUCAAAACAAAUAAUCAAUCAGAAGAAUUACGUGAACUUGAAGCUUGGGCACAAUAA